AUGUCUUCAGCUGGCGGUCUCUCCAGCAUCUCGGCUCCUAGCCAAAGCGCUACGGACUCUGCUACUCCAACAACGACACCCCUACCCAGCUCUACAACUGGUUUCAGCAAUGUCAUCUCUGGCUCAUUCACUGUACAUGAGACAGUUACAGUGCCAACAACGAUAGACGGACGAGCUACAUCCGUUGAAAUUGUGGUAACCACAAUGAUACCGAAUACACCAGCACUCGAUGUCAUCCCAGUUCAUAAGCGACCCAACACACAUGUUGUGGCGGGUGUUGUAACAUCCGUGGUCGUUCUUGUAGUGAUUUUCCUGCUCCUACUAUUUUACUAUCGAAGACGAAGGUCGCCAAAGCAGGGCGGCGUUGAUGGCACUAAGGAUCCUCUCGCAAAUGUUCACCUUUCCCGCAGGAAAACGCGACGCGUUGGGAAUAAUCAUGAAGAGAACGAAACUGGCACCGUGACACCGUUCGAAGUUAGCCAAUUAGCACCCUUGACGCCCAACACUCCAGCUUCAUCGACAGAUAUGUCCCAUGAGACGUCGCCGACCCUCUCUGGGUACCUGUCGCCACCCGCAUCACACACUAUAAACAACAACGAACGCAGUUCAGAGAAAGGUUGCAUUAGACCUCCUUCUACUACCCACUCGAGCAAUAAUAUUAUUUUACCUCUUCCUCCCGGUCUAAUACUUGAUGAGAAACGCGCCCAUGCUCCCUACGUGCUCCAGUGGGAGCCUUCGACCCCUUCGACCCUCCCGCCUACACCAACCGCUGGCUCAUAUAACCAUCCAACUCCUUCUCCCUCACCCUCUUCAUCCUCACCACCCCGUGCCGAGCGCUCACUUUCGUACCUCCUCUCUAGCACGCGCCCCAUGUCCACCAUUGCCCCAUCCAUUGCCCCGUCAGAAGUCGCCCCAGCCUACUCUGCGCGCCGGAUGCACUUCCGCUACCGCUCCGGUGCAUCGGUAUUGACUAAUGCCACUGAGAGCAUCCCGCCCGCUUAUGACCAGCAUUACGAGCAUGACGCUGCGAACGCCCCGCCGGUGCCGCCACUUCCCCCUCUCCCUGCAACGGCGGUGCCUGGGGCAGCCUCUAACGCCAACUCCAGAACAGCUGGUAGAGAAAGGGAACCAGGGUCAGUAGUAGUACGUAGCUUGCCUUCCAUUCCCCCCUCCUAA